GCCUUCGCCGCCGCCGCGACGGCGCUCACGACGUCGCUGACGGCGAACGCCGCGCCGGCGGACCAGCGCUGGGCGGCCUCGGAGUUCUUUGAUGAAGUGCGUAAUGGAGCGGUCGAUAGAGUCACGUUUGCCGCAGAAGGUGGCGCUUUAGUGGCCGUCGACGCCGACGGCGGCCGCCACGACGUGUCGAUCUUACAGUCGCAAGUCUCCGAGGCCGUGCAAGCUUUACGGGCGAAGAGGGUCCCCUUCGCCGUUCAAGCUGCUCAACAACAGGACGGCGGGUUAUUAGGCGUCGUAGCGAAUCUCAUAGUGCCGGUAGCUCUACUCGGCGGCCUCCUCUUCCUCUUGAGAGGUGGCCCGGGCGGGCAAGGAGGCGGCCCGUUUGGGGGCGGAGACGGCCCGAUGGGCAUGCUCCAGAGUAGAGCUAAGGUGGAAGUAGAACCAGAAACUGGUGUGACCUUUGAGGAUGUUGCUGGUUGCGACCAGUCCAAGCUCGAGCUCGAAGAAGUGGUGGAGUUCCUCCGAUCUCCGGACAAGUUCGAGGCGGUCGGCGCGCAGUGCCCGCGCGGCGUGAUCCUCGAGGGGCCUCCUGGUACUGGUAAAACGCUGCUCGCGAGGGCCGUCGCUGGAGAAGCGGGCGUGCCCUUCAUCUCCACGAGUGGCUCCGAGUUCGUCGAGAUGUUCGUCGGCGUCGGCGCGUCGCGCAUCCGGUCGAUGUUCGGCGACGCGAAGAAGAACGCGCCGUGCAUCAUCUUCAUCGACGAGAUCGACGCCAUCGGCCGCCAACGGGCCAGUGGCGGCGGCUUCCAGGGCGGGAACGACGAAAGGGAACAGACGCUGAAUCAAAUCCUCACGGAGAUGGAUGGAUUUAAAGGUAACAGUGGGGUCAUUGUUAUUGCAGCUACAAACCGAGUGGACAUCCUCGAUAGCGCGCUGAUGCGCCCCGGACGGUUCGACCGUCGCGUGCCGGUGGAUCUACCGGAUAAAGAGGGUAGAGUCGCGAUCCUGAAGGUCCACUGCCGCGACAAGCCGCUCGGCGGGGAAGUGGACCUUGAUCAAGUAGCGCAGAGAACCACUGGAUUCUCGGGAGCCAUGCUCCAGAACCUCAUGAACGAGGCCGCCAUCUACGCUGUUCGCAGUGACAAAGAGACUAUUGGUGCCGAGAACAUCGAUUCGGCAUUGGAUAGAUUGACGGUCGGGCAGAGCAAGGACACGGGCACGAACCAGAAGAAGCGCCAGGAGUUGGUCGCGUGGCAUGAAGCUGGUCACGCCGUCAUGGCGGCGCUCACGCCGGGCUACGACCCGGUGGCCAAGGUGACGAUUGUUCCGCGGUCGAACGGUGCCGGCGGCUUCACGUUAUUUACACCGUCCGAAGAUAGGAUGGACGGCGGCAUGUACUCCUACCGCUAUCUUGUUGCUCAAUUGGCGGUCGCUCUUGGUGGUAGGGUCGCCGAGGAGAUGGCCUUCGGGUCUGAUGAUGUUACUACUGGUGCCUCCAAUGACUUACAACAAGUUCGCAGUAUCGCGAGGCGCAUGGUCGCCCAGUGGGGCUUCACGGCCACGGACGAGCGGCCGUCGGGCGGCACUCUCAGAGCCCCGGUCGCCUGGGAGCUCCCAGAAAAGAAUAUGGGGUCGCCGACGACCGCCUCGAAGGCCACGGAGCGCGCCAUCGACCGCGAGGAGCGCAAGCUCGUGAACAAGGCCUACGCCACCUGCAAGGAGACGCUCAAGACGAACCGGGCGCUCAUGCAGGCUUUAGUGGAUGCACUACUUGACAGAGAGACGGUGGACGGGGCGGAGCUCGAGCGACUUGUGGCGGAGAAGGCCGUCGUGUCGACGUUCGCGGCGGCCUAGGCUACCUCUCCCCCGGCCUUAAGGCACUAGGUCACAUUUAUCACAUAAGUAGGGGCGUGUCGCGGCGACGGCGUGGGCACACCCGAGUUGCGCGGUCAGAAAAAGCCGCACCGCCACGCCGCUGAGCAGGCGUCGCGUCGAUGGCGCGCAGGACAUGGUUCAGACGUGGGCGGAGAAGCGCCGCGGCAUUUGAUUUCCACACGUUGACGCCGCCGUCACUGCGCCGGCAGCAGCUCCCGCUUCGGCCUUUUGGGUUUGGACGCGUACAACAAAAUCCCGAAGGCGACCGACGCCACGGACGCGAAUUUUACGGGAGUGAGACACGCCCUCGCAUCGUCCCCACAGAACGCCAAUUCGGCAAUGCCCACCACAAAAAGCAUCUGCACGCCCCGCGACAGCGUCAAUGCGACCGCGCCGGCCCCCGCCAACAGCGCGUAGUGCGCCAGGGCGUGACAUAAAUCUGCGAACCACAGCGCGACAUAGACGAUGAAGACCGUCGUCGGAUCGCCCUGGUGCUUCAAAAUGUGCUUCAGGUAGAGUUUAUCCGCUCCUCGCGCUAGGAGGAGCACGACGUUAUGUGCUAGUAACACCGAGGCCUCGACGCCCCCGACGUAUGUGGCUAACCUGAAACUCGUGAGCUCUUCGCCCGCGCUUACGGAUUCGGCACAGACUAAGGACAAUGAGUGGAGGGCCGUGCCGCCCAGUAUGACGCCAGCGCCGAGCUCGAACCGCCCGAGAGCGCCGUGGCCUGCAUCUAGAGCAUCUUCUACCGAUGCUAGACCAUUCAGGGCCAUGCCUAACGUUGCGAGCGCGACGCCGCACCACUGCCUCAGGGAGUAGCGCUUGCCAUUUACUGUCGAAAAUAACGCCGCGAAGGCCACUCCACUACUGAAGAGGACCGCAUACACUCCAGCGCCCACAAACAGCAGUCCAAUCAUCACCAGCACGUUCGCGAGAAAAUCUAAAAAAGCUACGAAAGCGACGCGUCUCAGUAAUUUGCCCUUCAGGCGCCAGCUCUUUAUAUAUGAUACCCAAGACCACUGCUGCCUAUCGAUGUAGGAGCGCUUUUCACUCAACAGUAGUUCUCGUAGGGGAGCCACACAAGCAACAGCUAGGGUAUUUGCGAGCAUCGGUAACAUUGCCACACCGGUGGCGCCGUUGGACCGGAGCCAGUCGACGAGCGUGGGCUGCAGCGCGCCCGAGGCGGCAUACGCCAAGGCGCACAGCGCGACGUGAACGUGCCGGCCGCGAUUGGUCUUGGCGGCUCCUUUUGGCGUGGUCGGUUCGUUGUCGUCGGGUUUUCGUAGGUUCCGCUGCAUCGUGCCGCUCUUCGGCUGUCGGGUGUGCAGCUCUGCGUAUAUUGAUGCGUCCUCGGUGCGCGUCCAGGCUAGGUUCGACGUUGUGCGGUUGUCGGUGCAAACUCUGGGCAACUAGAAAGAGCCGCGUCAAAAGUCAGCAAUGAAAACUGCACGAUGUGGCGCUCAGAUAUUGCUAGCAAGCAGCCACCGCAAGUGAUUCAUGCGAUAGUAUGCGACGAUAUACGGCUGGCAAAAAUCGGCUGCUGGUCGAGACGGGUUUUUCCCAGAUCGAAGCAUCCGUCCGGGCCGACGCCACGGACGCAUCCACACAUAGAAACGAAUCGCAGGCACGAGCUGGCAGGGCCCGCAGCGCCGGCCCGCACCGUUUGGCAAGCGUUGCCGACGAAGCGAGUAAAACAGCCGCGCGGAGGCAGCCUUUCGGCCAUCGCCGUCUUCGGCAGCACCGCACGGUCGCGCGCGCACGCCGGGCCAACGCACGGGCUGCCCGCGCGUUCACCAUGGCCACGCGCUUCCUCGAGGUCCGCCUGAGUGGCAUCGGCCCCGACGCCUUCGAUGCGGCCGCCUUCUAUAAAUCACAGCUCCAGGCCACACGGACCGUGCAAGUCGCGCGCGUCGAGAAGGGGAUGAAGGGCGGCACGAAGAUUUUGCUUAGUGGCGACGCCCGCGAGUGCACGCAGCUCUUCAUUAAGUAUCAAUCAAAGACGCGCUUCAUCCACCAGGGCUCUCAGGUGCAAAUGUGGGCGCCGAACGCUCCAUUACAUCAAGCUCCUGUAUCAAAGCAGAAAAAGCCUUCGAGACCCACGGCGUCGCAGUCGGACGCAGUGCGCAAUCAAUUCCGAGCUUCACGCCAUCGACGCGACGUCUUUUGCACACAGGUCGUUCUCGCGCACGCGACGCGCGUCGGCGAAGGCGCCGCGGUCCAUGGUCGAUAUUAUUGAUGAUUUAGGGCACGACAUCUUACCGUUGCAACGGGCUUUCGACGAGGAAUGUGCCGUAGACGAGCGGACGCCUACGUUGAAUACACGUAGCAGAGGCGCUCGCUCCGCAAGUGGUGUGGAAGACGACGCGCAGGUCAUCCCGCUGCAAGGCGCGUUGCGAGCUUUACGUAGAGCAGGCACGGAAGUGUCCAGUAAGCAGGCCGAGGACGCGCUGAAGGCGAUGGGCGCGGAAGAUCGGAGGCUCACGCUCGGAUUUGACGACUUUUUGCGGUUGCACGACAUGGCCCGUGGUUCCAAGAAUGCUGGGACGCGUAAAAUCUUCCAGCGGUCCGUGCUGGUCGAUGGGAAUAGAUCAAGGGCGGAGACUAAUGUUGAGGCCGUGUUAGGGGAGGGGAAAAUUGCCCGCGGGAGCCUGCUCGCGGCGACGCUGACGGCGUCCCUGAACUUCGAGGCGGACGCUGAGGAUGACGAAAACAAAGCUGAGGAGGAGGAGGAGCCCGAGGUCAUCAAGGGGACCGUCCGCGAGGAGACCAUUGGGAGAAAUACUGUACGCGAGGAGGCGCCGCCGACGCGACCGCGACCCAAAACGCAACGUUUGAAAGACGCCUUCGGCAAGCACGACCUGUACGGCGACGCCGCCGCGCCGGGCGAAAUCUCCUGGUCGUCGUUACCUGCCGCUUUAGCGGAAGCCUGGGGCCGCCAGGGGCCGUCGCCGCAGGAAUGCGUGAGAGCGGCCGCUUCCAUAGAUAUCCCGCCGCACUACCCCGUGUCGCUGGCGGACUUCAAGCGGCUGUCCGAGGCCCUGAAAGGUAGGUUCGAAGCCGAACGUGUGGAAAGGAAGAAGGAUUUCGACGACCAAGUGACUUCCAGGGUCGAUACCCAGCGCGUGUCCUUCGGCACGACGAAGCGCGCGGCGACGAUCAAGGAAGAACCGGGCGUCGCGAAGCACGACGACGCCACGGAGCCGAUGAUGGACCCCGAGAUUCGAAGCAUUCGACGGCUGGCGAUGAAGCAGAGGUAUGGUUAA